GUCCGGUUCGUGCGGUGCGGUUUGCUGCUCUUUUCAACAAUUAAUUAUAAUAACUUCCCUUUUAAUUCUACUACCUGGUACCUAACGUCAAACUUGCUCGCAGUAUGGGGGCACGUCAGCCAACGAAGAGAGAAUCACGCGAAUUACUGCUCGGUAACUUACCAUGGUACAAUUAUUGGCUUCGAUCACAAGCCAGCCAGCAGCCCAAAGAACUAUAUACUUGUAUCGAAGACUCCGAUGGUGAAUUCAACGAUAAUUUAUUCGGCAAAAUAAAGUCCCUCUAUCUUAAAAUCUCGGAUGCUGUUGUCAACGAGCCGACUUUGAGUAUCAAUGACAUAGUUCAGAGACUCAUAGAAGAUGGCGGUAUCAUCGUGUCGGAGGAAACGCAGGGACUCAAAUCAGCAAUAGACUUAGUUUUCUCAAUUAUUGGUUGGCAAACUAUGCUUUACCGGCCGGAUGUGUUCUCAUGUCCUCCAUCAGAAUUCGGCAUCGCUGACGAGAUGGACGGCCACAGGGGAGAAAGUCACAUCUGUUUCAGGCAAUCCCGAACAGGAAGUAACAAAAGGCUUCCUGAUUUUCUUCUGGGGUUCGGGUUGAUGCUUCCACCGCGGAAUUACCAUACUCUCGACGACCCUGAAGAGAUUAAAAAUUUCAACCGGCUCAAGUCUAUUGAUCACUCAACUCUAAAUAUGUAUUUAUUGACAACAAUUGGUGGUGUCACCGUGAGCUGGACUGACUGCCUAGCCUGCCAUCUCGAGUUAGACAGCAGUUCCCGCCUUCUGUACUUGUUUCGUUACCCAUCCUUCUGCACGGCAAACAUGAAAAACCAAUCAUCAGAGGGUAACAGCCACUCAGUGAUCUAUUCAUGUGCUUCGGAUAUCCCUAGUAACAGCUACUGGGCUACACCGCAAGAUGUUACGGAGUUGCUUGAAGAGAUUGUUCUCUCUUACAGACUCCUGUUUGGACAGCACCACAGGUCACGGAAACUUCUUCGAAAGCUUCGUCCGUUUGAUCAUGUACCACCGAAUGGUCGCGACAAUUUUCUGUCCGAUGUCUGCGAGGGGAAACCACUGGACGCCUCAUUAGGGAUCGUAGAACGCGAUAGUUAUGAACUCGCGCGGGAUUUUCCUCACUUGAGGGCACGGCUUGUUCGGCUUAACACUUAUCUAGAUGAUCGGAAGCCACGGUCAUGGAGGGAAUUAUGGCUCGAUAAUCGUGAUUCGGCGUCAUGGUUGACGUUUUGGGCAGUCAUUGUCAUUGGUGGUAUAGGACUUAUACUCAGUUUCAUUCAAGUAGCCCUUCAGAUCGCGCAGGUAGCGAUGUCCGUACAGCAGCCGAACUAAUAAUGUUUCCAUAACUACCUAGAUUUCAAAAAUUUGAGACCCUUCUCUAAUUCAUUACACGCUACGUUCGCACCAGCUC